AUGGAUAACCGGCUCCUAAUUCUCCUUGCGUUCCUGACACAUGCCUGUGGCUGCCCGCUGUACUGGAAGGGACCGCUCUUCUGCAGUGCCGGGGGAGAGCGCACGGGCUCCGUGUCUGUGCACAAGUUCGUCGCCAUGUGGAGAAAGAUCCUCCAGAACUGCCACGACGACGCGGCCAAGUUCGUCCACCUGCUCAUGAAUCCCGGCUGUAACUACCUGGUACAGGAGGACUUCGUCCCCUUCCUACAGUUGGAAGAGGAAGCAGACAUCAACCAGCUGACAGAGUAUUUCUCGUACGAGCACUUCUAUGUGAUUUACUGCAAGUUCUGGGAGCUGGACACGGACCACGACCUUCUUAUCGAUUCCCAGGACCUGGCCCGGCACAAUGACCACGCUCUGUCCACCAAGAUGAUCGAGAGGAUAUUCUCAGGGGCAGUGACCAGGGGCAGAAAAGUACAGAAGGAAGGAAAGAUCAGCUACGCCGACUUUGUCUGGUUUCUGAUCUCUGAGGAAGACAAGAAAACUCCAACCAGGUACGCGUUUCGGCGCUGUCGCGCGGUCUGUUGGCCCUUCGUGCAGAUGGGUCAUCCCGACCAGGGGUCGCGGCAUCCGUCCAGACCCAACGCCGAGUUCCGCCAGGUGGCCUUGGCACCCACGGCCCGUGGCCACGGGCACUUCGCGGAGGGCCUUCCACAGCUCGGCCCACGUGGGGGCUCGUGGGGGCCGCCCGCCUCGGCCGCGCCCCAGCACACUCACGAGUCCCUGCUUUGCAGGUACGAAGCCGAGCUCAGUCCCGUGGACCAGAAGCUGAGCGUCCUGAGGUCUCCGCUGGCCCAGAGGCCCUUCUUCGAGGCGCCCUCGGCCCUGGGCACCGUCGACCUGUACGAGUACGCGUGCGACGACGCCGACCUACAGCCCUCGUGA